AUGAACGAUGAGGCUUCCCGGGGGUUCUGGGCCUGGGGUCUCGCCUCGUUUCGUUUGCCUCGACCCCCGGCCCCCAGUAAAGGAUGGCGCCCAGUUGCGCUACGCCUGCCCUACCUCUCCGCCCUCGUAUGUCUGAUGCUCGCGAUGCUGCUGUCCCUGGAAGGGUUGCGGCAGUACAGCGAUCGCGAAGGGGGUCUGGUCUUCUUUGAUCAUACUCAGGAUGUUUCUGCGAUUCAGUCGUUCGCUUAUAACUAUGUCCCGAUCAUCCUCUCGCUUAUACUGGUGUUGAUUUGGACCGUCACCGAUUUCGAUGUGCUUCGCCUGGAGCCGUACUUCCAGUUGUCACGCCCAGAAGGGGCGCCGGCGAGCGUCCUUUUCAUCAACUAUAACUUUGGGCAAACAAUUUUAACCCCGAUCAACGCCUUACGCCGUCGCCACUGGAUAGUCCUCUGGGUCUCGUUCGUGACCCUCUCGAUACGGAUGAUUCUUCCCGCCCUACAGAGUACAGUGAUGGAGUUGCGCGAAGUGACCGUGGUCAGCCCGGAGACCAUGAAAAGUUGGCCCAAUCUAGUUGAUUUGACCACACAGGCGAGCUGGAUGUCAACACAAGCAAACAACACGGUCGACUCGGUACUUUCGACAGAUGAACAACUUCGCCGGUCCCGGUCGGAUCAAUACGCAGUGGCCCCCGUCGAAAUUCCAGACAACGACCUGGAGGAAAGUACAACAUGGACGCUAGAUCAAACUAUAUAUUGGGCGCAAGUGACGUGUGAGGAUGUCUUGGUUGGUGACAGCCUGACGGUCACUAUCGAUGACCCGGACGCCGAGUUUCCAAUCAUUUCAUGGAACGCAAGCGGGAUCGACUUGGACGAUACCGUGGGAUCCACUGCAUGCACGCUUAAUUUUCAUUACGAUAGUGUUUUUUUUCCUACCACCGACUAUCUCCAAGUGCGGUAUUGGGAACCUGUCAUCGGUAAUGCUGCCAAGGAGGCUUUCCCGAACCGAACUCAGGCUUUUACAGCAUCCGGCUGUGACCCAUAUGAUAUUUAUGGCAUGAUCAUUGGCGUGAACGCGACCAAUCCAACAUCUACAUCGAGUUCGAGCCAGUAUGCCGCGUCUGGGAUCGCUUUCGCUUGCGAUAUCGCCUAUCAUAAAGCGGAGGCUCAGGUGAACAUGCACUCCAACAGCUCCAUCAUGUCUAUCAAUAUCGACCGAUCCACAACUAGUACGCUUACUGACACCGAGUUCAAUAUCGAGCACUUUCAAGCCCUGUUGUCCCAGCGAGCCCCGUAUACCAGCGAUAUGUUGUUCAUUCGCGAAAAUGCUACCACGGGGGGACGCACCGUGACUGAGUUACCUGUAAUCAGCCAGGAACUUGGGGAGCUUCAGCCUCUUCUGGUGCUUGACACAUCGACGGUCAUGACGGAAGCCGAAUUUGAAUCGAAGAUUGAACGUGACGUGAAGCAGACCUUUGUAAUGACAAUGGGUCGCUUGUUUGAUCCAGACACUAAGCCUACUAUUGUCGCGGCAUCGCGCUUCACCAGAAAGGUCGCCAUUGCUGUUGUCAACUUUGCCGCUCUCUGGUCUGAGCUCAUAUUGGUUUCGGCAAUCUUGGCCACUUUGUACCUGAUCUACAUGUCUCGUUCACGCCCGAUCUUUCUCCAAAGCGAUCCAGGCUCAAUUGGUGCUAUGUGCAGUAUCACUGCUGACGUCUUUCACCCAUCCAACAUUCUGGCCGAGCCAGUGGCUGAGUUCCACCAGUUUUCCACCCGUCAGCUUCGCCGUAUCUUCAAGAAAGCUCGGUGUCACUGGAGACCAGGCCCUAAUGGCAAUCGGUUAGAAAUUCUUGCAGAAGAUGGCUCUCCCGUUCAACUUGAUGCCAAUCUCCAAACCCAUGUUGAUCCGAUGCCUCACUUCCUCGUCAUUCCUUUCUUUCUGGUUGAAUUUCUGGCCUUGGCUGGUGUCAUCAUUUGCAUGGGACUGGUCAUCUCUUCUCUGCUUAAGGAUGGCCGCUUCCGCCACCUGAACCAAGGUGACUCGAGCUCGUUCCAGGUUGUUCUUUCAUUCCUCCCCUCGGUUGUGGCCUCCUCUGUGGGAUCUCUAUGUACCUCUAUCCACCGCAACCUUAGCGUUCUGGAGCCUUGGGUACAUCUUCAACGUGGAAAUGCGUCCGCCCGGGCUUCGUUGUCUUUGAACUACUCUUCUCAAAGUCCGUUUGCUAUUUUCUUCAAGGCUGUUCGCGAUAGACAUGCGUUACUUGGAUUGGUUUCCAUUGCUUGUGUUGUCAACAUGGCCCUUACUGUCGUGGCAGGUGGUCUUUUCACCCAACAGAUGACAACGUCUACUCUGUCAACCACGGAUUUGACCAUGAACUACAGCCAGUCUACCUUUUGGCGGACUGAUUUUGCUGCUGAAUUCACAGAAUAUGAUCUAAUACAGACCAGCAUCACCAGUGGAGUUCCCAUGCUACCAUGGACCAGUCCUAACCAAUCUUUUGUCCCCGUGCAUGUGAAGAACCGUGACCCAGACGUGACUUAUGGCGCAACAACGCUCGGGGUUGGUACCACGUUGGAUUGCAAGACACUCUCAGUUGAUGCGCUUGUGUACAAUACGACCACUGGUCAUCAAUAUUGGCGAUACGAGUUGUUCACAAAUUCUUCUAUUGAAUGUACUGCAGCCAUGCCAAUGUUGAAGAACAAGAAUGAGGGAAUCGCACUCUCUAUUCAUUUUCUAUCUCCGGAUGGUACUGAAGAUUCUGACAUCUGUCAAACUGCGACUGUCUUGGUUGUUGGCCGCUGGCACUACUUAGCAGACACGCCAAUCACUGAUAACAAUACCAUUGCUUUGCAGUGUGAGCCUCAAGUCAAAUUGCAGGAUUACUCCAUCAGUUUCGACCAGAAGGGUCAGAUCGCAUGGCAUGAACCGGUGGCCGAAACAUCAAUUACGGAUGGAGCCAUGUUUGAUAACGCGACCGUGAGCCUCGGUCAGUUCAACAAAGUCUUUGCCGCCAUUCCAAACAGUUUUGUCGGCAACACAACCAUGCAAAACGGAACAUACAACAUCUCAUCCUACGAUUGGGCUGGUUUUCUCGUUGCCCGUCUUUACCAGCGUGUGGAUCCCGACUUUGACUCGUUGAACCCUGAAGUUCUCAUGGAUAUGACUCAGACUGUUUUUCAAUGGGUGUAUAGCACCUAUUUCUCAAUAUGGCGCAACAUCUACCUCGCCCCUCUUGUCGAACAAAUCCAGGCCACAAAUGCCACCAUUACUAGCAGCACCUGGCGCAUGGUCCCAUCCGCUCCAUCGCUUGCCAUUGCCCUGACGAUAAUCGCAUUUGAUACAAUUGUGGUUCUAUUAGUAUUCUGGACCCGACGUGGUCGAUUUCGAGGACCGCGAAUGCCACGAUCCAUUGGAGCUGUCAUUCCCUGGAUCUCUCAUAGCCAGAUGCUCAAUGAUUUUGCCGACACUCAGACAUGGAGCAGUGCCAAACGGCAUGCACACCUUACAUCUUUGAAUAAACGUUACGGCUUUCGAAUGUUCAUGGGAGCCGAUAACCGUUUGAGGUUUGCGGUGGACCAAGAGCCGGAGAUCAAGCCUCCAGAUGUCCCAACUGGCGACUUAAAUCCAGAUGGCGACAAAGAUACAUCGAUUCAAUUGCAGGAGAUUCGAAGCCCGCAGAACCCGACACACCUUUGA